GCUGAUACAGAUUCGAGCUCAAAUGUCUGUAUAGAGGAUUCGUACAUAUCUGUUGGAGAUGAUCUAGUCGCGGUGAAAAGUGGGUGGGAUGAGUAUGGUAUUGCCUAUGGUCGCCCAAGCUCCAAUAUCACCAUCCGCAGAUUAACAGGAUCAUCCCCAUUCGCCGGUAUUGCAGUAGGAAGUGAAACCUCUGGUGGGGUAGAGAAUGUCCCGGCUGAAAACAGUAACUUGUACGAAGUGGGUGUUGGAAUCCACGUGAAAACAAAUACCGGGAGAGGGGGUUUCAGAAGAAACUUAACCUUCUCCGAUGUCUACGUGGAGACUGCAAGAAAGGGGAUAAAGAUUUCAGGCGAUGUUGGAGAUCAUCCCGACGACAAGUGCGACCCAAAUGCUCUUCCGGUUGUGAAAGGCAUCUUGAUAAAGGAUGUGUGGGGAACAAAUGUUCAACAGGCAGGUCUCAUAGGAGGCAUAAAGGACGCCCCUUUCACCGGCGUUUGCCUUUCUAAUGUCAACCUCCGCGGCAAGCCGGGGCCGAGAGAAGAUCCAUGGUCGUGCUCUGAUGUGAGUGGGGCCGCUUUCGAGGUGAGUCCAUCCCCUUGUUCAGAGCUGACAAGAGUCUCUCAAAGCGCUUCGUGUGCUACCUACUCCUGAAAGUCUUGUACCUAGCUUGAUUUGAAUGGAGAAAUUGAAAUUUCCAGCAUGUUGU